AUGGACGCAAGGCCGCAACGUCCCUCCCGAGCUGGAGCCCUCCAGCCGUCUGGUAAUGAGAACAUCGCACCGGCCAAACAAGUUAUACAUCAACGUCAUAAGUCGGCUGGGAAUUUGAAGACCAUCUACAACCCAGCUACCGCGUUCCCGGCAGGAGGCCUCAACGUUGCACCAAAGCGAGCUGUCUUCGGCGAGAUGAACACGAACGUUAAAAGUGUAGCUCAGGAUCUACCUUCAAAGAAGGGAUCCAUGGCUCCAGUAGUUUCCCAGGUGGGCAAGGAGAACUCUGGUAAACCAGCUGCUCUCCAAAAGCCUGCACAACGAUCGAGCAAAAGCCACGCGAUGCUGCACCAGCAGCCUGCCGCGGCUGAUGCCAACAACGCAGGACUCCGCAAGACCGCGGGUGAUUCACUCGCGAAGCCUCCUGUCACCAAGAAGACCACUUUCGUAUACCAAGACACGACUGCUGCCCAACGCCUGCCUGAGUCGAAUCAGCAUAUCACUGCUGAUCACCCAGUAAUCCUCUCAAAACCCGACAUAGUUAAGAACCCCCGUCAUUACAAAAGUCAGCCUCAACUCAAGCUGGAUCAGCCCGUCCUCCGCCGGACUCUUAGCAGACAGUUCGCUGAGGUGGCGAGCUUGAUUUCACCGGCUUUGACGGAAGAGCCCCAAGACUCACCCUACGAGGAUGCAUUGGAAGAAAUUUCCGACAUCAACGGGCCCAGAGGUGUUCCAAUCAACAUACUAGGGGACUACAUGGAGGAGCCAAACGUUGAGAUUAUCUCCCAUGAUGCCCUAGAUGCAUACCACCUCGAGGAACAUGUCCCAGCACCGCCAACAGCAUUCGAGUCCGAAGACGGGUGGGAGGAAGAGGACGGCGAUAUGGAUGAUGACCAAGGUUACACCACUGCCCACUCUUAUCGAUCCCAUGGCGAAAACACCACGGGAGGACUCACUGAACUCUUAGCCCCCAAGGCAACGGCCAGAGUACAACAGGAACUGGAGCAAGCCAAGGCCAUUGUCGAGGAGUCAAGGACGAUUGAGGAAAUCGAAGAGGAACAAUGGGAUGUCAGCAUGGUGGCAGAGUAUGGAGAAGAGAUCUUUGAGUACAUGCGUGAGCUCGAGACCCGUAUGACUCCCGACCCUCACUACAUGGACAUCCAAACAGAGAUACAGUGGUCCAUGCGCUCAGUCCUGAUCGACUGGGUCGUUCAGGUUCACCACCGAUUCACGCUUCUCCCCGAGACUCUCUUCUUAUGCGUCAACUACAUCGACCGGUUCUUAUCACAGAAGGUCGUUUCGGUUGCCAAGUUACAACUUGUUGGAGCCACUGCCAUAUUCAUCGCGGCCAAGUAUGAGGAAAUUAACUGUCCGUCGGUCAAUGAGAUAAUAUUCAUGGUCGACAAUGGCUUCUCUGCCGAUGAGAUUCUCAAGGCUGAGCGUUUUAUGCUCAGCAUGUUACAAUUCGAGCUUGGGUGGCCCGGCCCCAUGAGCUUCUUGCGCCGAAUCAGCAAGGCCGAUGACUACGACCUGGAGACCAGGACUCUGGCAAAGUACUUCCUCGAAGUUACCAUCAUGGACGAGAGAUUUGUUGGCUGCCCGCCAAGCUUCCUGGCAGCUGGAGCACACUGUCUGUCCCGAAUGAUUCUUGAGAAGGGUGACUGGUCGCAGGCCCACACCUACUGGUCGGGUUAUACUUGGUCUCAACUCAGACCACUGGUGGCGUUGCUAUUCGACUGCUGCCAGUACCCGGAGAAGCACCAUCAAGCCGUGUUUGAAAAGUACUGCGACCGCCGCUAUAAGGGUGCGUCGACGUUUGUCCAGAGGGCCAUCGCGCGCGGCUGGACGCCGCCUUUCCCCGUCCAGCAACCAUUCGUGCUGGACGCAAACUGCUUCGCAGAGACCAUUGCCUCGUGCCGAAACUUUUCUUCAAUGGAAGUGGGACGCAUGAUGGCCACCGCUGGGCAAGCAUGAUACACCACAUCGACUUCAUCCACAACAUCGACUACUCGUCUUUCACGUAUAUAAUUCCGAGCUCAAGAAGUCCUCUGCCGCCUUCCACUUCGAGCAGGCCGACAAUAACCCUUCGAAGUUCCAACCAACAACAUUUUUCUUCAACCAGAUCACUAGUAUUGGAAGGAGUACGGCGUCAUUGUUUUGUUACUGAUACUUAUCAUCUCCUCGCCACCCUCGACCAGGGUGGCAUUCUUUUGGGAGACUUUGUGCCGGAUCAAGAGCGAGAGAGAACAGUAUUCUCUUGAUUCUUUGUUUGUUUUUGUUUGCCUUUUGGUCGUGCUAUUGUUUUACCUCUUACGUUUCACUACUAAAUGACGGCUGACAUGAGAACAUGACGAUAAAUUUAUUUUCUUGAGCAUAUUUUUGGCGUGCUUUUAAUCUACUUUUAAUUGCCUAUUGACCUUUUUCAUCUCGCCUGUCUGUGCAGAUUUUCUUACUUUGCGAACUUGAGAGUGGCGGAGACCAUGGCAUGGAAUCUUAAUUGUUGAGGGCGGAUGUUUGGUCCUCAUGUGGACAUUCGAGCUUCUGCUGGAACUUUGCCCUGUUGGUAUUCAACUCUGGGAUUGACUUGUUUUAUUUGGAAAAGAAGGCGUUCUAGAGACGCUUCGGUCUGAAGACAGCCUAGAGCUAGAAAAGCAAGCAAAAGAGACAAGCAUAAUUGGGGCUUGAAAAGGGGCCAAGAAUACUGCAGUGAUGACAUGGCUGCUGCGUUGUGCUGGAGUCUUAGUUUCUCCUCAGCUUAUACGGG